CUGCUUCGGAGCCGCCUCUUCCCACCAUUCCCUUCCCCUCGAGCGGAAGACGGUGACCGGGGGCCCGGCCACGCUGCUGCUGCUGCGCCACGGCUCGGGAGCGGUCCGGGGACGAGGCCGAAAGAAGGACACCUCACAAUGAUUAUUCCUGUCCGAUGCUUCACCUGUGGGAAAGUUGUGGGCAACAAGUGGGAGGCGUACCUGGGCCUCUUGCAGGCUGAAUACACUGAAGGGGAUGCGUUGGAUGCCCUCGGCCUGAAGCGCUACUGCUGUCGGCGGAUGCUUCUGUCUCAUGUGGAUUUGAUUGAGAAGCUGCUGAACUAUGCACCCUUGGAGAAGUAGCGUUAACACCCCGAACACAAGGAGGCUGGGACAUCUCUAUCUCUCUCGUGCGCGCGCACACACAUCAUUGCUGUUUCAUAGGUUUUUCUGAGGGUGUAUUUGGUGCAGGAAGGGUUCCCUUUCAUUCAGUGAUGUGCAAUAAAGAGUAUGAAUUGCAUGGA